AUGGGCCAACACUUGGGUUGCACCAACAUCUCCCGCUUUCCAUCACCCCGCCCCAUUCUCCCGCUUUCCAUCACCACGCCCCAUUCUCCCUCCUUCCAUCACCCCGCCCCGUUCUCCCGCUUUCCAUCACCCCGCCCCAUUCUCCCUCCUUCCAUCACCCCGCCUCAUUCUACCUCCUUCCAUCACCCCGCCCCAUGCUCCCGCUUUCCAUCACCCCGCCCCAUUCUCCCGCUUUUCAUCACCCCGCCCCAUUCUCCCACUUUCCAUCACCCCGCCCCAUUCUCCCGCUUUCCAUCACCCCGCCCCAUUCUCCCUCUUUCCAUCACACCGCCCCAUUCUCCCGCUUUCCAUCAGCCCACCCCAUUCACCCGCUUUCCAUCACACCGCCCCAUUCUCCCGCUUUCCGUCACCCCGCCCCAUUCUCCCGCUUUCCAUCACCCCGCCCCAUUCUCCCAUCACCCCGCCCCAUUCUCCUGUUUCCAUCACCACGCCCCAUUCUCCCGCUUUCCAUCACCCCGCCCCAUUCUCCCGCAUUCCAUCACUCCGCCCCAUUCUCCCGCCUUCCAUCACCCCGCCCCAUUCUCCCGCUUUCCAUCACCCCGCCCCAUUCUUCUCCUUCCAUCACCCCGCCUCAUUCUACCUCCUUCCAUCACCCCGCCCCAUUCUCCCGCUUUCCAUCACCCCGCCCCAUUCUCCCGCUUUCCAUCUCCCCGCCCCGUUCUCCCGCUUUCCAUCACCACGCCCUAUUCUCCCGCUUUCCAUCACCCCGCCCCAUUCUCCCUCCUUCCAUCACCCUGCCCCAUUCUCCCGCUUUCCGUCACCCCGCCCCAUUCUCCCGCUUUCCAUAACCCCGCCCCAUUCUCCCGCUUUCCAUCACCCCGCCACAUUCUACCACUUUCCAUCACCCCGCCCCAUUCUCCCUCCUUCCAUCACCCCGCCCCAUUCCCCCUCCUUCCAUCACCCCGCCCCAUUCUCCCUCCUUUGAUCACCCCGCCCCAUUCUCCCGCUUUCCAUCAGCCCUCCCCAUUCUCCCGCUUUCCAUCACCCCGCCCCAUUCUCCCGCUUUCCAUCACCCCGCCCCAUUCUCCCGCUUUCCAUCACCCCGCCCCCUUCUCCCUCCUUCCAUCACCCCGCCCCAUUCUCCCUCCUUCCACCACCCCGCCCUAUUCUCCCGCUUUCCAUCAGCCCGCCCCAUUCUCCCGCUUUCCAUCACCCCGCCCCUUUCUCCCGCUUUCCAUCUCCCCGCCCCAUUCUCCCGCUUUCCAUCACCCCGCCCCAUUCUCCCUCCUUCCAUCACCCCGCCCCAUUCUCCCGCUUUCCAUCACCUCGCCCCGUUCUCACUCCUUCCAUCACCCCGCCCCAUUCUCCCUCCUUCCAUCACCCCGCCCCAUUCUCCCGCUUUCCAUCACCCCGCCCCAUUCUCCCGCUUCCCAUAACCCCACCCCAUUCUCCCACUUUCCAUCACCCCGCCACAUUCUCCCGCUUUCUAUCACCCCGCCCCAUUCUCCCUCCUUCCAUCACCCCACCACAUUCUCCUGCUUUCCAUCACCCCGCCCCAUUCUCCCGAUUUCCAUCACCCCGCCCCAUUCUCCCGCUUUCCAUCACCCCAACCCAUUCUCCCGCUUUCCAUCACCCCGCCCCAUUCUCCCGCUUUCCAUCAUCCCGCCCCAUUCUCCCUCCUUCCAUCACACCGCCCCAUUCUCCCGCUUUCCAUCACCCCGCCCCAUUCUCCCGCUUUCCAUCACCCCACCCCAUUCUCCCAUCACCCCGCCCCAUUCUCCCGCUUUCCAUCACCACGCCCCAUUCUCCCGCUUUCCAUCACCCCGCCCCAUUCUCCCGCUUUCCAUCACUCCGCCCCAUUCUUCUGCUUUCCAUCACCCCGCCCCAUUCUCCCGCUUUCCGUCACCCCGCCCCAUUCUUCUCCUUCCAUCACCCCGCCCCAUUCUCCCGCUUUCCAUCACCCCGCCCCAUUCUCCCGCUUUCCAUCACCCCGCCCCAUUCUCCCGCUUUCCAUCACCCCGCCACAUUCUCCCACUUUCCAUCACCCCGCCCCAUUCUCCCUCCUUCCAUCACCCCGCCCCAUUCUCCCUGCUUCCAUCACUCCGCCCCAUUCUCCCUCCUUUGAUCACCCCGCCCCAUUCUCCCGCUUUCUAUCAGCCCUCCCCAUUCUCCCGCUUUCCAUCACCCCGCCCCAUUCUCCCGCUUUCCAUCACCCUGCCCCAUUCUCCCGCUUUCCAUCACCCCGCCCCAUUCUCCCGCUUUCCAUCACCCCGCCCCAUUCUCCCGCUUUCCAUCACCAUGCCCCAUUCUCCCUCCUUCCAUCACCCCGCCCCAUUCUCCCGCUUUCCAUCACCCCGCCCCAUUCUCCCUCCUUCCAUCACCCCGCCUCAUUCUACCUCCUUCCAUCACCCCGCCCCAAGCUCACACUUUCCAUCACCCCGCCCCAUUCUCCCGCUAUUCAUCACCCCGCCCCAUUCUCCCACUUUCCAUCACCCCGCCCCAUUCUCCCGCUUUCCAUCACCCCGCCCCAUUCUCCCUCCUUCCAUCACCCCGCCCCAUUCUCCCGCUUUCCAUCAGCCCACCCCAUUCACCCGCUUUCCAUCACACCGCCCCAUUCUCCCGCUUUCCAUCACCCCGCCCCAUUCUCCCGCUUUCCAUCACCCCGCCCCAUUCUCCCAUCACCCCGCCCCAUUCUCCCGCUUUCCAUCACCACGCCCCAUUCUCCCGCUUUCCAUCACCCCGCCCCAUUCUCCCGCUUUCCAUCACUCCGCCCCAUUCUCCCGCUUUCCAUCACCCUGCCCCAUUCUCCCGCUUUCCAUCACCCCGCCCCAUUCUUCUCCUUCCAUCACCCCGCCUCAUUCUACCUCCUUCCAUCACCCCGCCCCAUUCUCCCGCUUUCCAUCACCCCGCCCCAUUCUCCCGCUUUCCAUCACCCCGCCCCAUUCUCCCGCUUUCCAUCACCACGCCGCAUUCUCCCGCUUUCCAUCACCCCGCCCCAUUCUCCCUCCUUCCAUCACCCUGCCCCAUUCUCCCGCUUUCCGUCACCCCCCCUCCCCAUUCUCCCGCUUUCCAUCACCCCGCCCCAUUCUCUCGCUUUUCAUCACCCCACCCCAUUCUCCCGCUUUCCAUCACCCCGCCACCUUCUCCCUCCUUCCAUCACCCCGCCCCAUUCUCCCUCCUUCCAUCACCCCGCCCCAUUCUCCCACUUUCUAUCAGCCUGCCCCAUUCUUCCGCUUUCCAUCACCCCGAACCUUUCUCCCGCUUUCCAUCUCCCCGCCCCAUUCUCCCGCUUUCGAUCACCCCGCCCCAUUCUCCCGCUUUCCAUCACCCCGCCCCAUUCUCCCGCUUCCAUCAUCCCGCCCCAUUCCCCCGCUUUCCAUCACCCCUCCCCAUUCUCCCUCCUUCCAUCACCCCGCCCCAUUCUCCCGCUUUCCAUCACCCGCCCCAUUCUCCCGCUUUCCAUCACCCCGCCCCAUUCUCCCACUUUCCAUCACCCCGCCCCAUUCUCCCGCUUUCCAUCACCCCGCCCCAUUCUCCCACUUUCCAUCACCCCGCCCCAUUCUCCCUCCUUCCAUCACCCCGCCUCAUUCUACCUCCUCCAAUCACCCCGCCCCAUGCUCCCGCUUUCCAUCACCCCGCCCCAUUCUCCCGCUUUUUAUCUGUCACAUUUGCAUGAAUGUGAAGGGUAAGGUGGCGCGAGAAGGCGUGUACAUACUGUAG